ACAUGGAUAAAACAAUGAAUUCAUUCUUAUGAAUUUAGCAAUAGGUGUAAAAUUCAUUUUUAUAAGUGAAAACACAAUUUUGCACGAUGCCUAUAUAUAAUACUAAGGAAGAUUGUAAACUGAUCGAUCAUUUAUUGUUGAUUCACGGAAAACCGGAACAUGGUUACGGACACGGGAUGGCGAUGUAUCGCCAAGUCGCAAACGCAUUCAAUGCAACGACGAAAGGAGGUAAAAGAACGGCUCAGCAAAUCAGAAAUUACGCCUCAAAUUUGAGACGCAAGAAUCGCAGUUUGGCAGUAAAAUCGGAAGAAAAAAUGAAAAUGGCAAAAAGAAUAAAACAACGUCGUCGUUCGAUAGGAGAUUCUCGGCCGUCUUCAGAAAGCCAGUCGUCGUCAUUCAUAGAUUCUCAAACGACUUCACUUCUUCAAAUUCAGAGCUCUGCUGACAUCGUGUGCAAGAAUGUUAGAUCUCUCGGUUCUCCAGUUAAGAAGCCCAAGUCUUCAACUGCUUCAUCAUCGUCCUCUAGUGGUUACUUGGGAUCUUCUUCAGAACAUACGGAUGAAUAUCGAUCUCUGGCUGAUGAUCUUCCUAAAUCUUGGGAAUUCACAGAAAUUGGAACCAGUUAUCUCAGUAGUACUGAUCAAGGCAGUCCAAUGAUGAGCCCAGAACGAGAGGAGCCGCACAUUUUUGAUGAUAUUGACGAUUUCUCAAUGGGGCGAACAUCAACUUUUGAGAAGAGCGCAAUUAGUUCGGAUCUCGUUAAUAUAUUAUCGGAGCAAGCACGUCAACAUCACAAAUUGAAGAUGAAAUUACUGAAAGACAAGUUCCGGAAAUCGUCGGAUGCUCACAAAACGAAAAUGAUCAUGAUGGAAAAAGAGCAUGAAAUGAAAAAAAAGGAACAUGAAAGAAAAAUGGAAAUCUUGAUGCAGAAAUACAAGUCGAUCAAGGAUGGAAUGGAGGAAUGAGUUGUUUAACCUAAGUGGGAAAUGGAUCGAAGUCUGUAAUAUUGAUUUUGUAUUGAUUGUUUCAGUUUUGAUCGAUAACAAAAAACAUUUUCACUUUUUUACAUUGAACUUUUGAUCGACAUUUUCAAUUCUGAAUCGAUGUCCUCUUAAAUUGUUUCAACUGUUCAAUUUCAUUUGGAUAUCAUAGUUUGUAAUUGUAACAUUGAUUCUGAUGUCUCAUGGAACAUUUCAAUCUUGAUAAAAUAACUUGAUUUAUUUUCUGAAUGUGGGCUGAAACACUGGAAGAAAUUUUUUUAAUCAAUAUUCCGAUCAAUAUUUCCUGUUUUGAAUCGAUACGAGAUUCAAUUCCAUUUAGACAUCCUUUUUUGUAACAUCAACUUGAUGUUUGGACUGGAAUAUUUGAAUCUCGAACCUAUCUUGAUUUGUUUCUGAUCAUGAUCUGCAAUAUAGAAGAAGUGUUUUUAGCACCAAUUUUAAAUCAAUAUGAAUUUUUAUUCUGAUGUUCGAAUUGAAACAACUCAAUCGAGAAUGAUUUAUUUCUGGAAAUGGCUUCAACACAGAACAUUGAAAAGUGUUUUUAGUUUUUAGCACCAAUUUUAAAUCAAUAUGAAUUUUUAUUCUGAUGUUCGAAUUGAAACAACUCAAUCGAGAAUGAUUUAUUUCUGAAAAUGGCCUUAAAAUAGAACAUUGGAAAAACUUUUUUAAUUUUUAAAAUUUUUAAUUUUCGAUCAAGUUUUAAAUAGAUUUGAAUACUAAAUUGAGUUGAACUUUCUGAAUCCGCGGCAUUUGUUUUUUAUUGUUUGACACCAGUGAGGAUGUGAAAAGUACACUGAAAGUGGUCUUUAUGGUUUGGUUUAAUCUGUGUUUUUAUGCAUUGAUUAUAUUUCAAACAACGCUUAUUACUAGCAGCCAUUGCAUUGUUGAACAUAAUGAUGAAUCAUAAAUGGCAAAACUGGACAAAUCACUAUACAUUCUGCAAUUCUCAUGUAGGGCUGUCCAAGUGAAUCGAAUAUUUGAAAUGAAAUAAUUAUGCAAAAUAUCAGCAAUCGUUAUCAAAAAGGGAGUUUUUAUUGAACGAUAGAGACAGAUUUAGGAUCACGCAAUAUUAGUCAGUUAGAUUCGAAUCAAAAAAAUAUUCGAUUUUGGACAGCCCUAUUCUUAUGUCGAAUUACUAGGGUUACUAAAACCAGAAAUGAUGAAACUAAUCUUAAAUGGAUUCAAUUGAAACACUUCAUUCUAGAACUCACUUUUUAUGUGACAAUAUUCUGAGUAUAUUCCUGGAAAUCAGGCUUUAUAGACGGUAUGAACAUCAUUGUGUUUUUUUUUUAUUUGAGACAUUUAUCACUGAUACCUAAGAAUAAUCCACGGCAUCGUGAAGUUGUUCUCAAGAAUUUUUACCUCGUACAAAGCUCUUUCAAAUAUACUACGGUAUGUUUUAUUCUAGAACUUUACAACAGGUUGACUGGUAUGGAUAGCAAUUUUUAUGAGUAGUUUUGGACAUUAUCUCCAAACACGAUUCUCUACUAGCAGCCACUGAUACAAGAGGAGAACACACAGCCACUGCAUUAUACUAUUUUUUUUUCCACAAUGGUCAUUUUCACCUCAAAUAAGGCUCGUUACAAUAUACUAUGUUCCAUUCUAGAACUUCACAAUAGCUUGAUGUGAUUGACUGUUUUGAAUAGCCAUUUUUAUGAGCAGUUUUUGGACAUUAUCUCCGAACAAGGUUCUCUGUAAGCAGCCACUGGAAAUAAGGAGAUCGAACAACCACUGCAUUGUUGAGAUUAUCAUAGAUUACAGGUUUCAACCGGGGAUAGAGGUUCUUUUUAUUUUCUUUUAGUCAUUUUCAUUCUUAACAAGUCUCUUUACAGGUACACAAAAUGUAAUGUAAAUGUAACUUUUCACAAAUGUGUCUGUCCAGUGUCCAGUACUUUUUUUUUGUAUCUGGGUGUUUCUAUGAGUAAGAAAUCACGAGCUGCAUUGUUCAAUGUCACUUGCAGUUUGCACAAAUAUUCUAACUUUGUUACAAAUGCCAGCUUCAAUAUGUGACGCUUUUUAUGAAUUUUGAAGAGAUUGAUAAUUUUGUGCGUUUUGCUCUUUAAAUGAGGAACAUCUGAUUAUACUCAUCGUUGUGGUUCGAGUCCCAAAUAUUUGAUGAAUGGUGCGAUGUUUAGCAUUUCCGCAGUUGCUACGAAUUCGCUCAGAGAUGGGUCUUGUUCAUUUCAGAGUGAGUGUUUGUAACCUUGUCAGAGGUAAUUAUUCACUUUUGGUAUCAUUUGCCAGCUUGUGUUUUUCUCUAAAGCUUUUUUAUAAGCUUAUUACUUUUAUGUUUUUAUUUGAUGUUUUUAAUCGGUGUAUGUUUUUAUCUCUGCUAAUAUCUUCAUAGUUUGUCCGAAAUAAGAGAACAAUAUGGCUGCCGCAAUGUAAGCACAAUUCCAAUCAACUAUUGAAAGAUAUAUACUGAAUGCCGCAUAAAGGAGAUAAUUAUACAAAAACGCAAAAUUUGGGAUAAAUUAUUAUGCACAAAUUUGAGAAAAAAACAAAAUUUUUAAAUCAAAUAUUCCAUAUUUGCAGAAAUUUUUUUUCACACAGCAACAGCAAUUUAGCAAAAGGUUUCAUAGGCCCACAUCGUGUUUAACCAAACUUCAAAUUAUUAACAUUAUACCUGUUUCAGCCGGUUUAUACCUGUUUCAGCCGGUUCUAGGUGAUUUUAUGUACCAGUUCAUAUAUGAAUAGCAUUAUUCUCCAAAGUCUCACGAAUACAAAUAAACUUUUUCAUGUACACUACAAGAUAUUUCAUAUGUAUAUUAGUUUUAUCAGGUUACAUGUAGCUUUUAAUUUGAUUUUUGUAGAAAUAUUAUAAAAAACAUUCUUAUUCAGUACAAAAAUGAAUUCUUUGAAGUAAUGUCAUAUCUCUUUUAGACCGGUUUUAUCCAGUUAUGACUGGUUUUUGUGGGUUUUAACAAGAAUGUGUGAAUUUCCAGGAUAUAUUCUGAUAUAUUAUUGUGUCACCAUGUUAUUGUAAAUUCUUGUUUCAAUGUUCUGAGGUUUGAAGUAUUGAAGGUAUUAUAUAUAUCAUUGUGGGUUUCUUUAUAAAUGAAUUCAAGCCCUUUAUUAAUCCUUUUCAUUCGUGCCA